GAACACCACCGGCCCGGAGUAUCCAAAUGUGGGGGAGGAUUGGAGCCUGAUUGACCAGUGGGACAUCUACCUGGCACAGGGUUCCAGCCUGUCUUCCAGCGAGAGGUAUAUCGCCAGUGUUCCUCUAGGGACAAAGUCGUACAUUUUCACGGCACAGCCGUUGAAUCAAGGCGACGACGCGAUCAUCGUCUACGCGUCCAACGCAGUGGGAAAGGCACCUUUUGGCAGUGUCGUGCAGUUCGGCCAGUUCGGGGGCCUUCAGACAACUUCCACCACAACGUAUUCUUCAACUUCCACCAAGCCUCUUACAUCCAUGAGCGGACUUACUGUCACUUUCACCGACACGGACACCAACGCAGGUACUUUGCUAGGCACAAUCACCUGGGACCCUCCCGCCGAUCCCAGUGCACUGACGUCGUAUGACAUCUACAUGUCCAGCGACCAGCAAGGUAGCAAUCAGCAACAACUCGGUGUGGUGCCCUCGAACACAAACUCAUACACAAUCUCGUCCCCGGCCACAAGAACGACAGGCACUGCCUUCCCUGCAAACUGGCUGCUGGUCUACCCAAGCAUUGGUGGGACUAUCUCAACCUACAUUGAUGCGGCCAGCUUGCCACUGUACGACAACAGUGGCGCCGUUCCUGGCCAGCCAUCCUUUGACACGGUCACCUUCACAGAUGAGGAUCCUGCAGGCAACUUCGCCUCAGGAACCGUAAGGUGGACACUGGCCGCAAACACCGACCUUGGCCACAUCACCCACUAUGCUGUGUACCUUGCUGAGGACCAGGCCGGCCUGAACAGGGUAGCUUUCGGCGACCCGGUCACAUGGGACGUGACGGAAGUGGUUGGCACAGGCAUCGAGCUGAGCAGCAGGUACCACGUGGUAAUCUAUGCUGUCAACACGUAUGGAGAGUCUCUCCAACCUGGCAACAUUGCAUCUUCAGGCGGAACAUCAAUCAUCUUCGGAGAUGUGGGCCAAUCAACCACCACCACGGUCUCAACUACAGCAACAACAGCCACAAGUUCUACGACGACUGGCGUCACAGAGACCUCUGUCACAACUUCCUCACUGACCUCAACCGGCACCUCAUUGACUUUGACGACGUCCUCCAUCACAUCCAUCACGGUCAGUACAUCAAUGAUCGCAAUAUCCAGCUCGUCGACUCCCAUCCUUCCAGCCUCCAGCACAUCUUCGACUUCCACGAUGUCAAGCAGUUCCACUUACUCCAGUUUCUCGACUACCUCCACGCUUGCCCAAACGAUUUCUAUCUCAACAUCAGCGUCGUGGACAAGCACAAGUCAAACUUCCAGCUCCACCCCGGCCUCAAGCAUCGCUUCUUCAAGCUCCACAACCUCCAGUGCCACAGGCGCGAGCACCACAUUUUCUUCAAUGACCACAACUUCCAGCACAUCUUCCACUUCCACGAUGUCAAGCGCUUCCACUUCCUCCACAUCUUCGAUGACUUCCACGCUUACCCAAACGACUUCCACAGGCACAAGCAAGACUUCCACGACCACCGUGCAGCGAGUUAUUCAGCUGCCAGCUGAUGUCUCAGUCAACACGACAGAGGGCCGCAUCGUGGAAAGCACAUUGCAGGAAGCACUUGCCUUGAUGGAGAUGAAGGCCGAUUCCUUCGUGACGGCCACAGCCUCGGGAAACGUCACAGUAGUCAAGGUCAGCAAGCUCCUUACCCUGGCCGCUGGCACUGGCGACGCUUCGGAUCAUCUGUUAUUCAGCAAGGGCGGAGCCAUGGAGGGUGUAACAGUUUUGGUCCCGCUGCAGUUAGUGCAAGACUUGAUGCAGGGAGCCAACCCGAUGCUCGCAGUGACAGAGGUCUGGCCGGACCUGUCCGAGACUAUGCCCAGCGACGGCGAGGGCAGCAGCCAGAUUGUGUUGGUUUCUCCAGUCGUCGAGAUCUCCAUCCUGCUGGAAGCUCAAGGCAAAGUGUCCGUGGCAACUGUUUCGGAUUUGGCAGAACCCAUUCUAUUCAGACUCAGCGAUGCUGCACAGCAGCCAGAGGAUGUUUGCGCUUUUUUCGAUCACAGUUCACGCACCUGGAGUUCCGCCGGACUGCAGGUGGCUGCCGUGAGUGGCUCGAGCGGGAGGUGGUGUCGAAGCACCCAUCUGUCGCUUCUCGCCAUCGUACAUGUGGUUCCGUUUGAAGAUCUCAUCGCCGAGCAAGACACCAGCUUCCCCUUGAUAUCCAUAGCUCUUGCUUGUGCCAGCAUCUUCGCAGGAGGUGGCGUUGUCUUCCUCUUGUGGUACUACAAAUGCAAACCGGCACGUGGGGGCUCGGUGCAAAUCCAGGGCAAAGACGGUCAGACCUUCGUUGUUACAUAUUCGCGCUCCACAAGAACUGCUGAACGGGAACAAGACGAGCCCAAGAAGUCGAUGUCCCCAAGGUCUUUGAGCUUCGUACAGGCAUUUCGGUCCGAGGCUUCGGCGGCUUCAGCGGCUUCGGCAGCUUCAGCCACCUCAAACAAGGUCCACAUUGAGUGGAAUGUCCAGCCGAAUGAUUGGCAGACCCGACUACAGGACUUGGAGGGCUGGACCGGCGACUUGGAGCAACACCACGCUGCAGAAGGGGGUCCCGCUGCUACACACGUCCCCAAAGAUGCACCAGAUGUGCUUGCCACGCUGAAGCGUGAAGAGACGGCAGCCAUGGAAGAGGCUGAUCGAUUGGAGUUCUUGGUCGGAGUAGAUGCAUCAGUGCCAAUGGACUCUUUGCACGUGGCCGAAAGCCCACGAACGGCAGCCAUGCCGUCCUUCUACAAGGACGGAGAAGCGGUUCUCUACUUUUCGAUCACGAAUCAAUGCUGGCUGGUGGCGCGGAUCGAGGGUGGCCCCGCAUGGACGAAGUCAGAGGAGCCGGCUGACUGCGACUUUCUGUCUACGGGCGAGCUUCUUCACUACAAUUGCAUCCUCCAGGGCCCGAAGCAGCAGCUGCGAAAACGGGUUCCCCUCAGCCAGCUCCGGCCGAUCCUGCGACGUGGAGAACCCGUUCAAGUCCAGGUACAGGAGCAGGCGCCCAACGGGCGGAGAAGCAGAGCAAGCAGCGUAUGGUCUUGGAAGUCCGGCCUCAUAGACGAGAUCCCUCCAGUUGCCAUGACGACGGUCCACCCUUAUGCGGUGACUCUUCGCUCAGGCGACAUAAUCAAUGUGGACCUGGGACGAAUUUGCCGCUUUUACGAGACAGGCAGCCGCAUUCGUGUCUUUGGAGGACAACAUGGUUGGCAGUAUGGAACCGUCUCUGAGGAUCGCGUGGAAGCAGCGGCAACAUCAGAUUCACCGCUGACGCACAGCAUAGAAAGCGACAGUGCAGACAAGCGCAUCCAGGUGCGAUUAGACGGCUCGGACGACCUUGUCUCUACGCCGCGCUAUCUUGUGGACCGCCUUCUGAUUCCACUAUGA